AUGACUGUUAUGGGUCUAAAUCACGAUCCUUUGGAACGACCUAUGAAUCAGUGCAAUGGGCGCAACAAGUUACUUGGUGAUUCUGGUUUUGACCAAAGGAUCCUAACUGCCCCUGUAAAAUCUGCUGUUGACAAGUUCCAGCUUCUUCCUGAGUUCCUCAAGGUUAGGGGAUUGGUGAAGCAACAUUUGGAUUCCUUCAACUAUUUUGUGAAGACAGAAAUAAAAAAAAUUGUCCGCGCUAACAAUUUGAUCAGGGCCAGUAAGCACCCGCAUAUAUAUCUAAGGUUUUUAAAUGUCAAAAUUGGUAAACCAUCAAUAAUGGACGAAUCUGUUACUGAUGACGUUACUCCACAAACCUGCCGCCUAAGUGACCAGACGUACGCGGCUCCUAUAUAUGUUGAUGUCGAGUACACGCUUGGAAGUCGUGACGAUCCUCGUCUACAUAAAAGGAUCGGCGUUGAAAUUGGAAGAAUGCCCAUUAUGCUCCGGAGUUGUUGUUGUGUCUUGUAUGGGAGAGAUGAAGCUGAACUUGCUAAACUUGGCGAGUGCCCCCUUGAUCCUGGAGGGUAUUUUGUAAUUAAAGGGACUGAGAAGGUGAUUUUGAUACAAGAGCAACUGUCAAAGAAUAGAAUAAUUAUCGACACUGACAAGAAAGGAAACAUAGCCGCAUCUGUUACAAGCAGCACGGAGAAAAUAAAAACAAAAACCGUUAUUGUAAUGGAAAAUGAGAAGCUCUGGUUACAAUUGAAUCAAUUUCCUAAGAAGGUUCCUCUUAUGGUAGUUAUGAAAGCUAUGGGGAUGGAGAGUGAUCAAGAAGUUACACAGAUGGUUGGAAGAGAUCCUAGUUAUAGUUUUCUACUGUUGCCCUCUAUUGAGGAAUGUACAAAAUGCAAGGUAUAUACACAAGAGCAAGCAUUGGAGUACCUUGAGAAGAUGGAAGGAAGAGCAUAUUCUGUCCUAAGAGAUGUAUUUCUUGCAAAUGUGCCUUGA